GUUUCCUUAGAAACGGAGCCGGCCGGGCGGCGGCAGAGAAACGUCGGUUACAGUGGGCUCCCUGGUGAAGCCAAGAUGCCGUCUAAGGGAAAGGACAAAAAGAAAGGCAAGAACAAAGGCAAAGACAAGAAGAAGGUAAUAAAAGCUGAUGAAUCUGCAGUGGACAGAGCCAAGGCCAGUGCCUCCCUCUGGGAGGCCAGGCUGGAAGUCACAGAACUCUCGAGGAUUGAGUAUCGUGAUACUUCCCGGAGACUGGCAAAAAGUAAUGAGGAGUUAAAGAAACAGCAGUAUAAAAUGGAGAAAGACACAAUGUCUGUAUUAAGUUACCUGAAGAAGCAGGAUCAGGAGAAAGAUAAUAUGAUUGAAAAACUAAAACAGCAAUUGAAUGAAACAAAGGAAAAAGCCAAAGAGGAGAAUGAGAAAUUGGAACAAAAGUAUAUUUUGCAAAUAAAUGAGCUGGAGGGAGAGUUCCAGCAAAAAGCCAAAGAAAUUGGCAUGAUUCAGACAGAGCUGAAAACAAUAAAACAAUUCCAGAAGAGAAAAAUCCAAGUGGAGAAAGAAUUAGAUGACCUCAAGGAGAAUUUAAGGAACAUGGAGCGGAAACAUCAGGAGACUCUUAGAAGAUUGGAGGGCAAGUUUUUUGAAGAAAAGCAUCGACUAGAACAAGAGGCUGAAAAGAAGAUAAUAAUGCUGGCAGAGAGAGCUCACCAUGAAGCUAUCGCGCAACUGAACCAUGCUGGAAGAGCCGUUUUUAAAGAGAAUGUUUAUCUCCAGAAAGCCCUCGCAUACCACCUGAAGGAAGCUGAUGCUCUACAAAAAAACUCCCAGAAGUUGCAAAAGACUCAAACUUUCCUUUUACAUCAGAAGGAAAUCAAUGAUCUGUUGGUUAAGGAAAAGAUAAUGCAGUUUACCCAGCAGAGAUUACAAAUCCAAACUCUUCAGAAAAAGGUGGUAAGCUUGGAGACUGCCCUGAGUUGUAUGACCAGAGAGUUUGAGGCUGAAGUUCUAAAAAUGCAGCGACAGGCAAUGAUAGAGAACCAAGCAGGUCAGGUUGAAAUUGACAAGCUGCAACAUCUUCUCCAGAUGAAGGACAGGGAAAUGAAUCGAGUGAAGAAGCUGGCCAAGAACAUACUGGAUGAGAGAACAGAAGUGGAAAGUUUCUUUUUAGAUGCUCUGCACCAAGUGAAGCAACAGAUCCUACUUGGCAGGAAGCAUUACAAAAAGGUAGCACAAGCUGCUUUCAAUUUUAAAAUGAGAGAGGCAUGUGCAGGAAGAACAGAAUAUCCCCAGAUCCGAACGUUCGAUGGCAAAGAGCACAGCACCAAUAGCGUAACUCAAGAUCUUAUGGAGGCUGAGAAAUGGACGGAUAUUCAAGGAAAUGUGGAUAUUGAAGAUUUGACCUGGGAGCAAAAGGAGAAAGUCUUGCGAUUGCUCUUUGCAAAAAUGAAUGGUUUUGUUUCCAGAAAAUAUAGCCAGAGCUCGAGGCCUUCAGUUCCAGACUAUGUUGUUGCUGAUGAUGGAGAAACAAAGGAAUUUGGGGAUGACAGUAAGCUUCAAGAUCAAACCUUCAUCACCCAGCAAGUACCAAUCUCAGACUCUUCUGGUGAACUGAUGAUACCCAAUAUUCAGAAAGAAUCACAAGAGUCUGAUAUAGGAACAUCCUGAUAAGCAUGGCUGAACAACUUAUGACCCAACAGAAGCUAAUGUCAGGGCCUUCCUUUCAGAAUCCUUGUUCCUGAGUAUAUUCAAGAAAGUUUCUUAGAGGAAAACAAUAUUUUCUUAAAGUUACCUGUUUGCCAUAGAAAUUGGUGUCUCCUCUGAAGGAAGAUCGAGAACCGGUGAAUGAGAACAUUGGCAAAGGCACUGGAAUAGGGACAUUUACCCCCACCUAAAGCAGAACAAAUCCACAUAAAUAAAAGGACUCAAACAAAGGAACUUUCCAUUUAGAAGCACAAAUGCUUGGCAUCAGACAAACCGAUUUUAAGUACCCCAACUUCUAUCCCAUUCCUUCCUGUAUCCCAUGAACUGUGAUUCCUGAGGAAGAAAUGGGGCACUGUAGGAAAUCAGAGGCGCAGCAACCGAUCACUUUGCUGUUUCCCUUAGAUAGUAAACAGUAUAUGAGUACAAGACUCUCCUAAGAACUCUGCUCACAAACCUGUC